AUGGCGACGAAGUAUUUGUUCCUAGCAAUUACUAUGAUUAUUGCAGCGCAUUAUUGCACUUCAAUAGAAGUGGAUGAAGGAGAUACGCUUCUACUGGGAGCUUCGCUCACUGGAAAUCAGACCUUAAUUUCACAAAAUGGGACUUUUGCACUGGGAUUUUUCAGGCCAAAAGGAACAAAUAAUUGGUAUAUUGGCAUUUGGUAUGCCCCAGUCUCUCAGAAGGCCAUAGUUUGGGUUGCUAACAGAGAAAAUCCUGUCAGAAACAUGCCCGGCGUUCUGAAAUUUUCGAGAGACGGUCAUCUCAGAUUGUUUGAUAAAAAAGGCCGUUCAGUUUGGUCGACUGAUGCUAGCCAGAAAGGAUCACGAGCUGUGAUAACGGACUCUGGUAAUUUCAUUAUGCUGAGCGUCCAGGAUAAAACUCGGAUUGUUUGGGAGAGUUUCGGGCAUCCAGGAAAUACAUGGUUGCCUGGCAUGAAGUUAUGGAAAGGCAUGAAGCUAACUUCCUGGAAGAGUUCUGUGGAUCCUGCAGUUGGGCUAUUCUCUUUAGAAAUGGACAAGUCUCCAGGAAAGACGGCCACCAUGAUGUUGUUUAACAACACCGUUCAAUAUUGGUCCAGUGGGGAAUGUGUUGGACAGAAUGCUUUUACUAAGGUUCCCGAAUUGGAAGGUCAGAAAAAAGUUCAAUCGUCAUGUGUGAGGGUUUCUCCUUCAAGAAUAUACAUUAAUUUUAGCAUAAACCCGAUAGAUCAUACCCUCACGGGGCGGUUCCUGUUAAAUGAGAACGGCGAAGUUGAACUGUACUUCUGGAUGGAUGAUGGCAGCUGGAGUCUGAGGUGGUCGACAUACCGAGGUCAGUGCAGCGACUAUGAAAUCUGCGGGGCGUAUGGACUGUGCAGUGCUAAUGAUGUGUGUAGUUGUGUCCAGGGCUUCACACCCAAGAACGGCUCUCAAGGUUGGUGGUCAAACGGGUGUGCUCGGCGAAGACCCCUGCAUUGCUCUGUCGCAGAGGGUACAACCGACGGCUUCUUUGAAGCCAAGAACCAAUACUUGUCCGGGAAAGAAGCUGUCUUGUACAACAAAUUGGGAACACAGCAAGGCUGCCUGACUGCUUGUCGCAAGAAUUGCUCCUGCACAGCCUUUGCCUUUGCUGUUUCUGAUCCACAAGUCUGUAGAUUGUGGUUUGGAGAUUUAUUUGGAAUGCGCGUUUCGUCCGAGGGCCAAUCCGUCUUCGUUAGACUGGCUGCUUCUGAGUUGCCACAGGUGACAUCAAAGCAAAACAACAAAUCGCCUACACUCACAAUUUUACUUUCUGCCGCGGCAUCCCUUUUUGCUAUUUCGGCUCUCCUGUCGGCCGCAUUUAUUCUGUGGAAACGUCGAAAAUUGAGGAAGAAAAACGUUGAAGAGCAGGUGCCAAUGUCGCUCAAAAAGUUCACUUACAAGGAGUUGCGAAUUGCAACGGAGAAUUUCAAGCAUAAGUUGGGUAGCGGAGCUUUCGGCUCUGUGUUCAAAGGAACUCUAGCAGACAACACGCCUGUUGCUGUUAAAAGAUUGGAGGGUUCCACGCAAGCAGAAAAACAAUUCCGUGCCGAAAUAAUUACCACUGGCAGAAUACAGCAUAUGAAUUUGGUUAGGUUGUGGGGAUUCUGCGUAGAGCAUUCACAAAGGUUACUGGUAUAUGCCUACAUGUCCAACGGCUCUUUAAACUCUUUCCUCUUCUCUAAGUCGGAAGACGCAGAGAAGGUGUUAGACUGGAAGACCCGGUUUGGGAUUGCACUGGGAACUGCACGAGGAUUACUUUAUCUGCAUGAGGAAUGCAGGGAUCGCAUCAUUCACUGCGAUAUUAAGCCCGAAAACAUUCUCCUGGAUGCUGACUUCAGCCCAAAGGUGGGAGAUUUUGGGCUAGCGAAGCUCGUAGGUAGAGAAUUCAGCCGCGUAUUGACGACCACAAGAGGAACUCGUGGGUACUUGGCUCCGGAGUGGAUCUCCGGCCUUCCUAUUACUCCCAAGGCGGAUGUAUUUAGUUUUGGCAUGACGUUAUUGGAAAUUAUAUCCGGCCGAAGAAAUCUGAAUUUCAAGGCUGAGGAAAGUAGAAUCUACUUUCCUUCCUGGGCUUCAUAUCAGAUUCGAAAGGGAAACUUUAUAGGCAUUGUGGAUGCAAGGAUAGCGAGUGAGGCAAAUAUUGAAGAGGUGAGAAGAGCCGCUGUCGUGGCUGUGCUAUGCAUUCAAGAUGAUGAGACUGAGAGGCCGAGCAUGAGUGAAGUGGUGAAGAUAUUGGAAGGCACGAUGGAGGCUCCCGUACCACAAAUUCCGAGGUCUUCCAUGACUGUAGAAGGUAUUGAGAUGGCCGGAUCGACUCCGAGGCCAUUUGGUCGUCCCAGCUUGUAUCAGGACUUGAAAACUAGGUUUGAGGAUAGGUUUAAAGUGGCAGAAGAUGACCAUUCUCUUUUAGCCCAAUUAGCUCAACUGAAAAAGGAAAUACCUAAGUCCAUGAGAGACUUUGUGGCAAGGUUUGACAAGAUUGUUCAUAAGAUUCCGAUUAAUCGAAGAUCUUCUGAUGAUAAUUUGAAAUGCAAAUGGAGGAGAGAAGUUCAAGCUGCUAACUCUCAGCCAUCAACUUCCAUACCUUCCUCUGAUCCCGUAAUCCAAAGAUUGGUUAAUGAUGUGAUCACUCUCAAGAGACAACUCCCCAAUGCUAAUACAUCAUACCCUCAACCUUAUCAAGAUAUUCCAAGAUGGCCUAAUAAUCAGCCUGCCAGAAUAGGGAAUAAAGCUUUACAAUUGCCCCCAACUCAGCAAAGACUAGCCAUUGAAGCACCGCCUCCUAGGAGAAAUAUGUGCGUCUUUCACUUAAUAGAUGACCAUGAUGGUAACCCUUGUCCAGAAAUGAUCUCUCCUGCUGAAUACCUCAGAUUGAAUCCCAAAGAGCUGGAAAAGUUGAUUAAAUAUGUGCAGAGGGAGAACUCACAGUUGCAGCCUUCCGAUUUAUUAUUGACAAACUUUGAGUCUUUACCAUUCAAUGUUGAAGCUCAGUUAACAGGACAAAUGAAUACUUUUACAUCAAAAGUGUCAGUUAAUGAAUCUGAGCUUCAGAUAAUAUAA